AUGGAAAAGGAGGCAAAAGAGAAAGAAAAAGAGAAAGACAAGAAUAGAUACAGUUUAUUCAAAAAAUACUUUGUAGAUUGGUUCAAUGGAGAUGAAGAAAAAAUAAAAUUGAAAGAUGUUGAUAUGAAAAAAUACUUCUUGAGAUAUUUGCAUGAGAUCAAUUAUCCAAGAUGUCAUGCCCUUCAAGACCCAAAUAUCAAACCACAAAUACCACAUCUGAUAUGUAAAACUAAAGAUAACAAAAUAGAUUGUGGAGUAUUUGUGAUGAGAUACAUGGAAACGUAUAUGGGUGAAACAAAAUACAAAACUGGAUUCCCAAAAGAAGGAACUCAAGAUGCAUUGCUCGAUUGGGUGAGAACCAAAUAUGCUUAUGCAUUGAUAAAUUCUGAAAUUAAUCUCAUGAAGGAUGAUAUCAUGGAACUUGCUCAUGAGUACAAUAAACAAAAUAAAGAGAAGAGAGAAAGUGAUCAAAGAAAAGCUUGUGCAGAAAUCCAUAAAAGGUUGAAGGACUGCCAUUAG